AUGGCCGUCACAGAAUAUCAAGAGCGCGUCUAUGCUCUUUUACGCCAGAUUCCAUCUGGAAGAGUAUCAUCAUAUGCUGAGCUUUCAAGAGCUCUUUCGUCAUCUCCACGAGCAGUUGGUGGAGCUUUGAGAAGAAAUCCAUUUGCGCCGGAAGUGCCUUGUCAUCGCAUCAUUUGUGCUGGUGGAUCAAUUGGAGGUUUUAAGGGAGAGCCUCAAGAUGCACCAUCUGGUAUCAAUCAGGCUGAGAAACUGCGAUUACUGAAGAGUGAAGGGGUGCUGUUCGAUGAGAGAGGUCAGCUGUUGGAUAGCACGAAGUGGUGGAACAAUUUCCAGACCCGGUAG